AUGUCUGAAUAUGGAAUAGCAGGUAUGUAGCAAGGACCUUGAAACAAAGUUAAGAGCCAGCAAGAUUGGAUGGCCCUCUGUCAUGGAUGCUUUAGAUGAGAUUCCUGCAUUGCAGUGGGUUGGUCUAGUUGACCGUUGGGAUCCCUUCCAACUCUACAGUAUGAUUUUAAGAUGUCCCACCCCAUCCUCUUUCUCCUUCCCCUCGCGUCGCAUAGACACGCACUGAGUUUUUUUCUCAGAAUGGGUUCUGUUCGGUCUGGAGAGGAAACCGAUUUGUGUGAAGUGUGGUCAGGGGAGGUGAGGGGGGUCCUUUAGUUUUGCUGAGGCUAAAACCCAUCGGGCUUUUAACUGGAUCCUGUCUCAACCCUGGCGAAAGGGGAAAGGGCUUCCGUCGAAGGCACCUUGAGUAGUCAAUAAGAAAGAGUGAGGGGGGGGGGUCUCAGUUUUGCCUUCAAGUGGGUCGGGUGCGCGAGAAAGAAGUUAGAGAGGUAAGCUGCAAACUCCGCGUAACACAGUAAUGCGAAGGGUACGUCAUGCGCGCAUCCAAGCUCAUUUGCGCGAUAUGUUCGUCCACGUCGGGCAUUAAGCAGAGCGGUUUCCUGUUGCCGUCGAGGAAUCCCAUCCUGCCACAGCGUCUCGGCGGCUUUGGUCCCCUGUAUCCCAAAACACCCGGGCACGGGUAUGCUAGGAAGGAAGGGGCUGUGGUUCUCCUUUCCCCGAGGUCGGGAGGAGACCGUCGAAUGACAAAAUAAGAAUAAAAUGGCGAGCACACUUUUGGUUGCACGCUCCCUCCUUGCCCCUGUAGCUUCACACUCCUAAACCUUUUGUGUGGAAGAACACCCCCCUCCUGAUUUUAGCAGAUCUUGCUCCUGGGGAUCCAGCUAUAUGACACCAUCAAGCAAGCACGUGACGUCAUAACCCGUUGGCUUUUGAUUGUGGCCUCGCAAAACUGGGAGCCCAGCCGGAUAAUCCCAGAUGGGUUGUUACUGAAGAGAGAACUGGCACCCAGGCCAAAAUUCGCAUAGGGGUCUUUAUGUGUGACUUUUGUGUUUAACACACCCGCAUCCCUGACACUCCUAGGCCUCGCCAGAUGACAGCGCUUGCCCUUCCGAUCCCCUGAACCCCGUGGCGUCGGAAUCCCCGUUGACCGGAGCGGGGUUUGUCCGGGGAAGUGUGCGUCCUCCCAGGCCGGCUGCCUUUCUCCCCGCCAGGAGGCCCCUGGAGGAUAACGAGGGCGUUCUCCCGGCCCGGGGCGGCUCUCGGGUUACCGAAGGGCGUGACCCUCGGCUGGCUGGGGAGCAGCGUCUGGCCGAGCGCGACUAUAACCUUGGAGAGAGCCAUUGGGUCGAAGCAGCUGCCGGAAGCUCAGAUCCCUGUGUGUGUGUGUGUGUGUGUGUGUGUGUGUGUGUGUGUUUGGUCUUUCUGGACCAAUGUGGGGAAGACACAGCUGGACGUCGGACCCUUUGGAGAAGGAGGAAGGUGUGGGUCUGUGGGGAAGGAUGGAGAGGGGCUGACCCGCUCCUGGAAACCUCGCGCGCAAGUCUUUUUUUUUGGAGUCCUUUUUUUGGAGCGCUCCCCCCUAUAAGCUCAACUCUCUUUGGGUUUGAGCAAUGGGUGUGAGCUAAAGGUGAGUAACGCGGAUGGAGCGCCAGGGAGCGAGCGACACAAGCUGCUGGGCAGAUCAUCGGGCUGGAGGUCGCCCACGGCGCGCCUCUGCGCCCCUGGAGUGCCUUGGAAGCGUCCUCGGCGCGGCCGGGUAGAUCCUUUGGUCAGGGUUUCAUCUCUUUAGCAGCAAGGCUGGCUUGGAAACGGCCUAAAAUCCAGUAGGCCGGCGGGGCGAUGUGUGCGGAGAUCCUAAGGGAAGGGAAAGAGGCGGAGGGCGGGGAUGAGAUGGGAAAGUUGGGCGAGUUUGGACUCUCAGCUUUGUGGACGGAUCCCAGGGCGCCAGGGUGGGUGUCAGGCUUUAAAGGAGGGCUUUGAAAACUGUGCAAGGGAGGAAGGAGGGAGAACCAUGCAAGAGGGUGCUGCUGGGCGAGCCUGAAGUGUGUGUGUGGGGGGGCUGUUUUGGAGAGCGUCGAGGCGAAGGCCAAACUUUUCGCUCAGAAGGCUGGAAAUGAUGGAGACGAGGGAAGUCUCAGGCAGCAGAAUGAGAGAGGGCAGCGGGUGACACAGUCCCACUUCGGUUUCAUCUACAUCUAUCUGUCCAUUCUGUACACAUUCACACACACGCACUCAUGCCCAAGUCAUUAAACACGGCAAGACCCUGCAAGCACCUUCCGUGGACGUGAGAGGCCCCACUGCAAGGAGUGUCCCUUACUUCCAAGUAAUGGGAGCCAGGAGACCUGCGCAUUCUUGCGCACAGCUGUUAAAACGAAACCAAUACUAUGCCGGACAUCUGAAAGCAAGGAAAGAAAAGAAAACCCAGGCGAUUGAAUAAACAAGGGCCGCCAUGGGACUUGUGGCUGGUUUGGAAAAGGGAUUCGUUUGACGCGAUUGAAACGACCCACCGCACACUUCUUUGGAAAGCCAGCUCCUCAUCCACGGAAAUCAAGUGGGUUUGCUUCCAAGUGGAAUCAGAGAGUGCAAAGGUGGGAGUUUUUUUGGGGUGUGUGUGUGGGGGGGGAGAUGAGGUACUGAGCGUUUGAUCUUCCCACCUCAGGCCGGGCACACUCUACCUGCCCUGUCCCCCGUGGGACGGCUGCAUAUACUGUACAAACGACAUGCGGGCGACUCCCUAUAGAAAGUGUCCGCCCCCUUCUCCGGACCUCUUUCGACCAGGUGUUUAGAUGGUGUAGCUGGUCCUAAUAAAAGCCCCCUCUGUGUUUUGGAGAGACUUCAAAAGACGUAGAAGUAAAUCAUUAAGCGCGCCGUCCUGUUCAACCUCCCCUUGUCGCUUUGGCCAAAUUUCUCUUGGCUGGGGGAGGAGAAUUGCACUCUAUAGCAAGCUUCACACUUGAAAAUGUUUUGAUACUAUAUGCAGCCAGCGAUUUCUUUUUCUGUUAAGGAAAAAAAGAAGGUUCCUGUAAAAAUAAACCCCUCCUUUUGGAAGGGAGAGGGAGAAAGAAAGAGACCGGCCAGGCCAAGAAGGCUAUUGACAAAACAUUAUUAUCAGAUGUGGCCGGAGUUCAGUGGAACUUGGAAAGGAGAUCGUUCCCAAUUGCCCUGAGCGCUACGAUAUUUUGGGGGUGGGGGCGGGCGGGCAGGAGAGACAGAGAGCUGCCACAUACAACCCAUCCAGUGUUCUUCUCAAAAAGGCAUGUUCUUAUUCUUUAGGAAGCAAGGCAUGGUCUCUUCGUGACUGAGAGUGCGGUGACUUGUUUACGCGGCAGUAAGCGUCCUUGAGUUAAACAGGAUUACUUCUCCUGCAAAUGCGCGUGGGGAGCGCAACCUUUCGGCACCAUCUUGUGAUGGAUAUGGAAUCCAAUGGGACAUGCUUGCCCCCUAAGUAGGCUUAGGGAUGCAGGCUAACAGGGCGAUCUUUUGCACAUUUACGCGGAAGUAAGUCCCACUGGGCUCAAUGGGGCUUAGUUCAUAGGGUGGCGGGAGAGUGUGUAGGACUGCAGCCUAUAGGCAGCGCUCCCAAAUGGCGCUAGUAUUUCCCUAGCGCCAGGAGCGUGACAGUCAAGUCAAACUUUAUCACAGCACAACGUACUACCUGGAGGUUUCUUCUUCAGUGCUUUGAAAAGGAAGCGGGAGCUAGUAAAGCUGGGAGCAGAGCAAGUAAAGCCUGAGAAGGUUAGAUGAGAAGCUUGUGGAUGACGCGCAACCCGAUCCUAUGCCUGCUUCUAAAGCAAGUCCCAAGGAGUUCAGUGGGGAUUGCUUCCGAGAAACGUGUGCGCUUGCAACCUGCUUUUAAAAAACAAAACAACAAAAAACAAAAUUAAACUCGUUCAAAAUUAUUAUUUUUUCCAAAAAAUCUUUUAUUUUUCUUCAACGCAGGGGAGAGAUGUAAUUUGUAUGAUUGUUCAGACCAACAAGCACUUCAUCCGAGACGCAAAUAUUCAAGGAGAAGAGGAAAAAUGCCAUCCCUCUGAGGAAAAAUCAGAAAUACGUACACGCCCAUACGAAGAUGGAAAGUCUAAGGGAGGGGAAUCAUAA